GCACAAACUGUACUGAACACCCAGAGAGAAGACUGAACCGCUGUGAUUAUAGACCAAACCACCAAACCUACAGAACUUCAUCUGGGCCACAAUGGAGACCGAGAAGAGAACUCAGACUACAGCAGAGCAGACAACUGACCGGGAUCUGUCAGAACAAAUCAAAAAGGUGACAAAGGAGAGUCACGUCAGGGCAGAAAACACUGAGCUGAUGCUGAGCUUCCAGAGGGGACAAGUCACACUGCAGCAGUACAAGCUUCUCCUGUGCUCGCUGUAUGAGAUCUACCAGGCCUUGGAGGAAGAGCUGGAGAGGAACUGCAACCACCCGGGCGUCGCACCCAUUUACUUCCCGGCUGAGUUGGCCAGGCUGGAGGCCAUCGAGAAAGACCUGGAGUUCUUCUACGGCCAGAACUGGAGAGAGAAGAUUGUCGUCCCCGCAGCCACUAAAAGAUACUCCCACAGACUCAGACAGAUUGGUAAAGAAAACCCUGAAUUUCUGGUUGCCCACGCUUACACCCGGUACCUCGGGGACCUGUCUGGAGGUCAGGUCCUGGGUCGAAUCGCCCAGAAGUCCAUGGGGCUGAAGGACAGAGAGGGUCUGGCUUUCUUCGCUUUCCCUGGUGUGUCCAGCCCCAACCUGUUCAAACAGCUGUAUCGCAGUAGAAUGAACAGCGUGGAGCUGACAGAGGAGGAGAGGAACGGCGUGCUGGAGGAGGCUGUCAGAGCUUUCGAGUUCAACAUUCAGGUCUUUGAUGAUUUACAGAAGAUGCUGAGUGUCACAGAAAACCAGCUGCAGAAUAGUUCAACACACUCCAAACCAGUAAAGACGCUCCAGAUCGAUGGAACCAUCAUCAAAACUACCCCACUGCUCAGGAUGAUUCUGGGACUGUUUGUGGCUCUGGCCACAGUCAGUAUGGGAAUCUAUGCUCUUUAGAGAAGCUACAUAACAAGAAAUACUAUGUAUUUACUACUAAGGUUUUAAAAUCUUCACUUUUGUACUGUAAGAUCAUUACAAAACCUUAACCUCAUUAUAAUUUUAACUGCCUGGAAGUUACAAAAUGCUGUGUAAUGUUUGUUUUUGAUCUGAGAAUCUUGAAAUAUGCAUUCAUGAAAUCUCAGUGUAUGAUUCUCUGGUCAACACUGUUAUCCAGUGUGUGUUAAAUGUGCAAUAUGUGUGCUUUUAAAUAUGUAAAUAUGUGACUUUUUAAUAAAAUAUUUUGU